AUGGCAGAUGGUUUAGGAACGCUGCUACUUUUCAGCAUCGCUAUGGCAUUGGCCUCCCUGGGUGCCGGUUUCCUGCCUCUUGUAGUGUCCCUUUCGCCGUCUCAGAUUCGCCUAAUAUCGACUAUCGGAAUGGGGGUUCUAGUCGGCACCAGCAUGAUCGUCAUCAUCCCCGAAGGAAUCGACACAAUCUAUAGCGCAAAGCCCUCCAUCCCAGCCGUCCGAACCUCAUCCGAGCCCGCCGCGAGAAGCAUCUGGGUCCCUGAUCACCAGGUCACACGGAGGGACAUACCAAUCCUGUACCCCCGCGAGAAUGAUGCCGAAGAGCAUGGACACACACACACCGACCCUAACACCGGCGGCGUCAUCGAUGCGCCGCCAGCAGAGGAAGGAGAAGACCACGACCACGACCAUGACCACGAGUCAGAUGCGGGCGCCCAUAAGUGGGUCGGUCUCUCCCUAGUAUCCGGGUUCAUCCUAAUGUACCUUAUCGAUGUCAUUCCAACGCACGCGCAUACUACCACCGCUCCAUACCAUAUUGCGUUGGAUUCUCUUCACUCGCUCAGCAGUCCGCCAGAUACGCCCCUCCAUCCGCACUCCUCACGCCCGGCUUCUACAACUCUCGGCCUUGUGAUACACGCCGCUGCAGACGGCAUCGCCUUGGGUGCUUCCUCGACUUCCUCCAAUGUUGCGCUGGAGGCCAUCAUUUUCGUCGCUAUCAUGCUGCAUAAGGCGCCAGCAGCAUUCGGACUAUCGGCGGUCUUGCUGAGAGCUGGCCUGGGAAAGCGCCAGGCGAAGAUGCAUCUAGUUGUGUUUAGUAUGGCGGCGCCUCUGGGAGCGGUGGUGACAUGGGUGCUGGUCAACAUGCUGGGCGGAGAAGAAGUGGGCGGCGCGGGUAUGCAGUGGUGGACGGGUGUGCUGCUGCUGUUUAGUGGGGGGACAUUUCUGUAUGUAGCCAUGCAUACAAUGAUGGAGCAGGCGGCGAUGGUAGAGAAGCCAGGUGUUAAGGAUACGUGUGCGGCUGUGUUUGGGAUGCUAUUGCCGCUAUUGACGCAGAUCGGGCACCAUCACCAUUAG